AUGGCAGCACCAUCAAUGAAAGAAAGGCAGGUUUGCUGGGGAGCUCGGGAUGAGUACUGGAAGUGUUUAGAUGAAAAUUCAGAAGACACUUCUAAGUGCAAGAAGUUAAGAAGUUCAUUUGAGUCAAGUUGUCCCCAACAGUGGAUAAAAUAUUUUGAUAAACGAAGAGACUACUUAAAAUUCAAAGAAAAAUUUGAAGCAGGAGAGUUUGACCCUUCAAAAGCACCUACAAAGUCCUAGGCUAUUGCUGAACUUUUUAGAAAGGUUGGAACUCUUCUUUCUGGACAUCCAAGAAUGAUCCACUGACUGGGACAAUACUAGAUUGAAUCAUGGUAAAAUCAAUAUUGGUUUCCAUAUGCAUAAUUCUUAAUAAUUAAAACUGACCAAGUAACGAGAGUCCAUUAUUCAAAGUAUGAAGAACUAAAAUAAAUGGUAUAAGAUAUGCAUAUUUUUCAUUAGGAACGAAAUGUGUAUAUUAAGAAAAUAAAUUAAAGCCUAUU